AUGGCGGACUUCGAUAAGCAUCCUGUAUAUGGAGGGGACGCCGUGGCCGUGGAGCCACAGCAUGUUUACAACAGUGAUGUCCAUUUUGUCGACGAGCAUGAGCGCAAAGACCUGGCCCGCGGCCUCAAGCAGCGCCAUGUGCAGAUGAUUGCAAUUGCAGGAGCUAUAGGAACGGGUCUUUUCCUUGGUCUCGGAGGUUCCAUCGCAACAGGCGGUCCAUUGGGUGCUCUUUUAGGCUACGGCUUCGUCGGUAUCAUCGUUUGCGCGAUCCAGUUCGCCCUAGGUGAAGUGUCAGCUUUGUUCCCCGUUACAGGUUCCUUUGUGCGCCAUGCCGAAAUCCUGAUAGAUCCCGCCGUCGGGUUUGCCGUAGGCUGGAAUUUGGUCUACGGAAACUGGAUGAGCGUGCCGAGCGAGAUUUCUGCCGGAGUGGUGUUGAUCCAAUACUGGAACACUUCUGUUAACCCUGCUGUUUGGGUUACCAUCUUGAUCGUGGUUUCCGUUUUGGUCGCAAUCAUAUUUGUCGGCGUGUACGGAGAGGUUGAGUUCUUCUUUGCUAUCCUCAAAAUCCUCCUUGUCAUCGGCGUCGUGAUCAUGGGCCUUGUUAUUGACCUGGGCGGUGUCCCCGGCCAACAACGCCUCGGCUUUCACUAUUGGAAGAAUCCUGGCCCAUUUGUCGAAUACAUCGGAACAGGGGCCUGGGGACAAUUCCUGGGUUUCUGGGCCGUUAUGUCCAAUGCAGUCUAUUCGUUUGCUGGCGUUGAGUCAUUGGCAAUGGCCGCCGCAGAAACCCAGAAUCCGCGUCGAAACAUCCCCAAAGCAUGCAAACGGGUUUUCCUUCGAGUGACCCUCUUCUACGUGGUGGCCAUCCUGAUCGUGGGCAUGCUAGUCUCUAGCGCUGAUCCCCGACUCGAUAAUGAUUCGGGAACCGCCGCCCAGAGCCCCUUUGUCAUCGCGGCCAGUGAUGCGGGCAUUAAAGCUAUUCCGUCUAUUGUGAAUGCCGUGGUGUUGACAUCUGCUUGGUCUUCAUCUAACCAAGCCAUACUUGCCGGCACACGUACCUUGUAUGGGCUUGCGGUCAAGGGCCACGCACCAAAAUUCUUGCUGUGGACGACUCCGUACGGCAUUCCGUUUAUGUGCGUCGCGGUCCAGAUGGCCUUCUCGUUCCUCGCAUACAUGUGUGUAUCCAACGACGCCCUGAACGUUUUCUGGUGGCUGGUCGAUUUGACUGCUGCCGGUACGCUGGUUAGUUGGAUCACUGUUGCCUGGAACCACAUACGCUUGAUUCAAGCACUCAAGAAGCAGGGGAUUCCUGCAACAAAAUUGCCCUGGCAUAACUCUUGGACGUUCUACGGAUCGUGGUUCGCUCUUGUAUCUUGCAUAAUCAUCUUAUUCACUGGUGGAUUUGCUGUAUUUACCGCUGGCAACUGGAGCCCGUCGGAUUUCGUGUCGAGCUAUCUAGAUAUCCCAUUAGUUCUCGUGGCAUUUGGAGGCUACAAACUGAUCCGACGGACCAAGUGGGUUAAUUUGAGUGAUAUUCCUCUUGCGCAGGCGUUGGAAGAAGCGCAGAGUGACCCGGAGAACGUCCCGGUUGUUAAGGAGAGGUGGUGGGAGAGAUGGAAUUUCUUGUGGUGA